UGCCUGGUUAUUUUAUUUUAUUUUAUUUUAUUUUUUAUUUUAUUUUAUUUUAUUUUGCGUCUUGGUGUGGAUAACAUGUAUUUCCAGCUUUGGUUUUCAAGGUGUAGUACCACCAUUCGCCACCUAGCCGCAGUAAUAAGCUGAGGCGGAGUUAAACUCUCCAAAACCCACGAAGAAGAGCGAGCGUCGCCAUGGCGGAAACAAAGCAGCAGGCAGCCUCCUCCCCUGAAGAUGAAGCUCCUGAAGUUUCCGCCCAGGCCAGCUUCAUGAUACCUAAGAAGGAAAUCAGCAUGGUGCCCGACAUGGGGAAGUGGAAGAGAUCUCAGGCCUACGCCGACUACAUAAGCUUCAUCGUCACGCUGAAUGAAGGAGUGAAGGGAAAGAAGAUGUCGUGUGAAUAUGAAGUCUCCGAGACGGUGGACAGGCUGCUGGAGCUUUUGGGGACUUUGGACCGUUGGAUAAACGAGACUCCUCCUGUUGACCAGCCGUCGCGUUUCGGUAACAAAGCCUACAGAACCUGGUUUGCCAAACUGGAGCAGGAAGCCGAGACCUUGGUGUCCGCCGUACUUCCUGCCGACAGAUCCGCUGCUGCUCCAGAGAUUGCCGUCUACCUGAAAGAGUCGGUCGGGAACCCCACCAGGAUAGACUAUGGAACGGGUCAUGAAGCAGCUUUUGCGGCGUUCCUCUGCUGCCUGUGUAAAGUUGGAGCUCUCAGAGCAGAGGAUCAACUCGCCAUCGUCUUUAAGGUUUUUGACAGGUACCUCCAGGUGAUGAGGAAGCUGCAGAAAACCUACAGGAUGGAGCCGGCUGGGAGCCAAGGAGUCUGGGGCCUGGAUGACUUCCAGUUCCUGCCCUUCAUCUGGGGCAGCUCCCAGUUCAUAGGUCAUCCGACUCUGGAACCGCGGCAUUUCCUCGACGAGAAGGUGGUGAACGAGAACCACCAAGACUUCAUGUUCCUGGAGUGCAUCAAGUUCAUAAACGAGAUGAAGACGGGUCCGUUUGCCGAACACUCCAACCAGCUGUGGAACAUCAGCGCCGUUCCUUCCUGGUCCAAAGUCAACCAAGGCCUGAUCCGAAUGUACAAGGCGGAGUGGGGUGGAUGUACUGAACAAACCACGAGGGUCCAACUGGACCGAGGAGGUCUACUGGUUCCAGAAACGCCCACAGAAUUCCUGAUUACUGCUCCGACUUCUCACAAAUGUUCUGGUAGUCGAGGAGCGUUGUUUUAGUUGUUGGUGUUGGUUCUGUAAGAGCCUUGGGGCGGGGCCUAAGAGGCACCAGCUGAAGGCUGAUUGGCUCCUGAAGUUCCCCCGGUGGUCACAGGGUCACAGACGGGUUCUGAGCUCAGUCCUGGUGCUGUGUUUAGAAUAAAGCACAGCCUAAACCAGGAGCUGGUACGGAAGCCAGCGAGAGACAAAAAGACCAAACCAUCCCUAAAGGGAAAAGUCCUCAAACCAUCAGACUAUUUUUAAUCUGGAAUCUAAAACACAGCUUUUACCUGUGGAGGUGACCGGAAAACCCGGAAUCUGGUCAGCGGGAAACCCGGAAUCUGGUCAGCUGGAGGAACCUUUAGUCUUCAUUCAGAUUUAUUACAUCGUUUCACUGAUACCGGAUGUAAACCUCAGAUUUCCUUUAUAUAGAACAUUAGAUGUUUUUUAAGUAGGUGACAUCACUUCCUGUCCUGAUUCUAUUAUUUAUUGUUGUUUAGCCUGAUUUACUCUGAAACCCGACACUCGGGGCUGUUUUCAUAUCACUUUUAGAACAUCUGAUCUUAUAUUUGUGACGUUCUUCUGAAGUCACACUGAAGGAACUACGUUUUGUCAUCGUAUUUGUUUUUGUUAUCUAAAUAAAGUUUUAUCUGAGCCUUUGUGACGAGCAGCAGUGAGAGGAGCUGCUGAAGCAGGCGGCGAGGAAAACACCCAGACGGGCCGGCUCUGUGGGACGCUGGGAGGCAGGAAAGGGUUAA